CUGUUGGAGUCGCGGAGGAGCCUCCGCAAGGAGAGGAUGGAGCAGAGGUCGAGAGAGAAGGAUCAGAAGAGAGAGAGACUCUGUGGAGCCAGGGAGAAUGGCCAAAACGUCGUCGUUGACCUCGAGUUCGCUCACCUCAUGAACCCUAACGAAAUCCACAGCCUCGUUCAACAGAUAAUGUAUUGCUAUGCAGUGAAUGGGAGGUGCUCUUCCCCUGCCCAUCUUUGGCUGACUGGGUGCAGUGGAGAGAUGGAUGACCAAUUACAAAGGAUCCCUGGAUUUGAUAAGUGGAUAAUUGAGAAGGAAGCGAAAUCCUACAUCGAAGCCUUGCAAGAUCGUAAGGAGAAUUUGGUAUAUCUCACUGCAGAUUCAGACCAUGUUCUUGAAGAACUUGAUCUGAAGAAGAUAUAUAUUAUUGGUGGCUUAGUGGAUAGGAAUCGGUGGAAGGGGAUAACCAUGAAGAAAGCAGAAGAACAAGGAAUCCAAACAGCUAAGCUCCCAAUUGGAAAUUUCAUGAAGAUGUCUAGUUCUCAGGUUCUUACUGUGAAUCAAGUGUUGGAAAUACUACUGAAGUUCCUGGAGACAAGGGAUUGGAAAACAUCUUUCUUUGCCGUUAUCCCUCAAAGGAAAAGAUGUCAAGGUGAUGCAGAAGCAGAAGAUACAUUAGAAGAAGAUGACCAAAAGGAUGAUGAAAAGGCAAGUAAAAAGAAAUGUGUUGAGGAGGAACCUUGUAAUUGUUAGAAAUUUAGAAUCGUCACCAGCUUAAAGUAUCUCACCAUAUCUGUUCGGUCAUUGCACGGAGUGGUACCUCUUGCAAGUUGAAUCUAACAUAUAAAUACACAAAUUUCAUAUCAGUGUUUUCACUUUUCACUGCCUUCAAUUCUGACAUAAUGAAUUAGCAUAAUUUUUUGUAUUUUAUUUUCUUUUUGACAAAAUUGUUGCUGGAUGCUCCAUCAAGAGUGAUAUCCAUGAUGUACUUUGAAGAAACCUACCUCCCUGAUGACUAUUGAACUCAGGACUGUUCUUGGCUUUUGGAUAAUUGGAUUCAUUUCCAGUAGUUGUCAAUUAUGAUGGAAAUGAGUGACUGGAUCAUCUACCUUUGAACUUUUUUUUUUUUU